AUAAAAUAAUGUGAAAGUAGGAACUACGGAAGUUGUCAGCUGGUGUUUUAAUUAAGAUGAUAUGUUUGUAGAUAUCGAAAAAACCCCAAAGUUACAGUUACUGAGACCUUUUAAUUGUUUUAACUGAGAAUGGCCGACAACAACAGUUCCAGUGAUCAUCCACCCGAACAGACACUCACUUGGAGAAUUGGAAAUUUCGAAGUCCCGACUGUAAUUGGACACAAUUUCGGGCAAGGCUUUCUACAGAAUUUGCCCACACACAUAAGUGGCGCUGCAGCACCGACUGUUAUGCACCGCGUUCCUUUGUCAGUGAUAUCAGAACCGUCAGUUGUUGUAGAUAUGCAGACUGUGAGUCCCAGAUACACUCAGGCUGGAGAAGCAGCUCAUUCGCACGGGCAUGGCCACUCCCACGGUGGUGUCCAGGAUGAGAAUCAAAAUGGCGGUUUACACGGUGGUGUUCCUGUGAUUCCUGGUGUGGCUGGUGGACAUGCACACAGACACAAUGGAAACAGUUUGAACGAUCCACAACAGCAGGACUGGAAGCCCUUCCUAGAAUGGUUGCAGAAGUCCGGAGUUUUUUUUGUGCUCCUGUUUAUUAAGCUCAUUUACGACCAUAGGUUAGGUAUGCUAGUAUUUCUGGGUCUUGGAGGAACGUUCUACUACGCAAACAUGAAGAUGGUACACUUCAUUCAUCAGUCUGCAGUCAGAGAAACACAUUCCAGGUGUGCAGUGUUUCCAUGGCAACCAGUUUGGCUUGUGAUAUUCCUGUCUUUAAAUAUAGGCAUCAUAUUCUACGUCUUCCGAGAACAGUCGUUAUGGAAUGUGCUGAUCAUGAAGAUGCCCAGUGUGUCCGAGGUGGACAUCUGGACUCUGUUGUGGAUCGUGCUGCUCAUCGACUACAUCAUCAAGUUUGCCACCAUCAUCGUCAAGGCCUUGGUGUCCCUGGUGCCUCACAGCUGUCUGCCCCACAGGAGACGGGGCAAAUAUUUCAUGUUUUUGGAACAUCUGUCGCAGUAUUACCGAAACUUGAUACCCAUUCUUCCAUGGAUCCACUUCCUGACCGACGAUGAAAACACUGGUCGGUGGUUUUCAACGUUUCUCGUCAUCGUAUACAUGAUCUUUAAGACAAAUAUUCUCUGGGGAUUGUCUUUCGGCAUAAAGAAAGCUUUCCAAAGGCUUCGUGUAAAUACGGCAUUUGGUAUCAAGCCCAAUUCUGAGGACUUGAAGUGUCGAGCAGAUCCGUGCCCAAUAUGUCAGGAUGAUGUCAAGGAUCCUGUUAUGUUGCCUUGUAAGCAUAUAUUCUGUGAGAACUGUGUGUCAGUGUGGUUUGAUCGUGAACGGACCUGCCCCAUGUGUCGGGCCGAGAUCACAGAAAAUCCCGUCUUUCAAGAUGGAAGUACGAGCAUUCAUCUGCAGUGGUACUGAACUGCUGGCGUUUAACAGAACACAUUUAUUUUAUUUCCAGAGGAAGAUGAAAGAGCUCACCCAAGUUGUUAUUUUCCUAUGACCAUGUCCAUUUCUUUAGAAAAAAAAUAUAUUGGUGUGGGUUAUGUUUUUAUUUUUAUUUAUUUAUACUUUGGGAAAUAGCAUUCAGGUGUUUUCCAGCCAAUAAGCACACAACAACAACAUGAUCAUAAGAUUUUCUGGGGCAAUAAAUAUUAAAAAAAACAAAAACACCCUCUCCCCCCAAAAACAAACAAACACACACAAAAAAACAAGCACAUGUGAAGCGACAUAUCUCUUUGUAUUGUAACUGGUCUUACAAAUGUUUGUUAAAAUUGCUCAUACACUAAUUAUGUGAUUUUAUUUUCCAUACAAUGUAUUAAACUUAAUUCUGCAAAAUAACUGCAACACUGCAUAAAUACCCAAAGGAAAAUACAUAGAAAUUAUAGGAUAGUAGACCAAAAAAAAAAAAAUCUGCCCAACAGUGUAUUUCUAGAAUUAUAUAAUUGACUUUUUAGCUUUUUAUAAAUCUUAUUUCAGCUGUUGUUUUUUUCUUUUUGGUUGGAACUGAAAAAUAUGUGUUUCUUAUUUUAAUCAUAGUCUUGAUUCUGUAUGUAGCCUUAUUUAAUACAGAUAAAAACAAUCCCAAAACUGUUUAUUAUUACAGGAAAUAACUAUCUUUAAAUCAAAAACAUUGCCCUACCUUUUUAUUAUUAUACUGUAAAUCAUAAAAUAUUAGUGGUCUUAAAAUUUAUCGAAAUCCAAAUAAGUGACAUAUUAGCGACAUAAAACUUUAGCAAGGUCGGCACUAUCAAACUUCAAAAAAAAAAGAAGAACCUUAAGUUGUCGGAUCGGCUGAAAGAAUACUCUUGAUAUAUGUUGACGUUAUACAACUGACAGACAAUUACAUUUAACAGAACGUUGCAGUGAUGUGCAUGCUAACUAUUGUUUGUUAUACAUAUAGUUUAAUCAGUACCAUGUAACCGUUGUUGUGUGUUCAGUCAAUCACCAACAACAAAAUCAAACAAAAUAUGUUCGGAACAGUGUAUAUAUCUCCUUAAAGUUAGCAUAAUGAAAUAUUAGCAUUUUGUAUGGCCUCGUUUAAUUUGCUGAUAUUUUAUGUUCGCUAACAUGUCCUGAUUUACAGUAAUUGUAUUGUUUUAUUUUUAUUUGUGCACAAUAAUUGAGAAACUAAGGAAAAGAAUUCAGUAGAUUUGUGGUAAUCUAUUUUCAUAACUAUAAGAUGUAGUGAAAUGUGAAUUUUUAACUACAAAUUAAGAAACUUUAGUUUCUAAGAUUUGUUGUAUGUUUUCAUGCACUAAGUGUAAUAUGUGCAUUAAAUUAUAAGGGUAAAACAACUUAUGAAUUAUUUUGUUUUCACUUCUGUAAUUUGUUUAUGUAGCAGUUUAUAAUGGCUAGAUUGUGAUAACUAAAUAUUUAUUAUUUUAAAACAAUCUUGUUGGUUUCCUGUUGUUUAUUUCAUUUUUCAUUUCCACUUAUUUUCGUGCUUAUAUCCAGUUAAGGUUCAAGCAUGCUGUCCUG